AUGGAAGCGGACGGGGGAUCCUCCGGGCUGGCCAAAUCGGCCGCUGUCAAACUGUCCGAGAUGGGCCAAAGAACAAAACAGUUUGGCACCGCGAUGAAGGAUCCUCACCAGCAAAGACGCAUCAUGUUAGUGAUAGUCUGUGUGGCUCUUUUGCUGGACAACAUGCUCUACAUGGUAAUCGUGCCAAUUAUUCCAGAUUACCUCGCUGAUCUAGAGAUUGAGCAGUCCGAGCACAUUCACAUAGCCAUGCAUCUUAAUUCCUCCGUCAACAGCACAAGUCAAGAUAAAAGCAACAAGGACAAUUUAGAUGUCCAAAUAGGAGUACUUUUUGCGUCUAAGGCUAUUUUGCAGCUUCUAGUCAACCCCCUGUCAGGGACUUUCAUAGAUCGCGUUGGAUAUGACAUCCCUCUGUUAAUUGGACUGACUGUUAUGUUCGUGUCCACUUGCAUAUUUGCUUUUGCGGAGAACUACUCCACGCUUUUCGUGGCCAGAAGCUUGCAGGGUCUGGGAUCGGCUUUCGCAGACACAUCUGGGAUCGCAAUGAUCGCCGACAAAUACACCGAAGAGUCGGAGAGAAGCAAAGCGCUCGGCGUUGCACUGGCGUUCAUCUCCUUCGGAAGUCUGGUGGCGCCUCCUUUCGGGGGGGUCCUGUACGAGUUUGCGGGCAAAAGGGUCCCGUUUCUUGUGCUCGCCUCGGUUUGCCUUGCGGAUGGCGUGCUGCUGCUGACCGUGAUCAAGCCGUUCUCCAACAGGACUAGAGAGAACAUGCCAGUGGGCACCCCCAUAUACAGACUCAUGAUUGAUCCGUACAUAGCGGUGGUGGCAGGGGCACUGACAGUGUGCAACAUCCCCUUGGCCUUUCUGGAGCCCACCAUAGCCAACUGGAUGGAGACCACCAUGCACUCGUCAAAGUGGGAGAUGGGGCUGACCUGGCUCCCAGCCUUCUUUCCACAUGUCCUAGGUGUAUACAUAACAGUCAAACUAGCUGCUCAGCAUCCAAAUCUGCAGUGGUUCUACGGAGCUGUGGGUAUGGUGAUAAUAGGAGCAAGCUCCUGCACUGUGCCAGCAUGCAAAACAUUCGGCCAGCUCAUUGCCCCACUGUGUGGCAUAUGUUUUGGCAUCGCCCUGGUAGACACAGCCCUGCUGCCUACGCUUGCCUUUUUGGUAGACGUGCGCCAUGUCUCUGUGUACGGUAGUGUCUAUGCUAUAGCUGAUAUCUCCUAUUCGGUUGCAUAUGCUAUGGGUCCUAUCGUGGCGGGUCAGAUAGUGCACAACCUGGGCUUUGUGCAGCUUAAUUUGGGUAUGGGUCUCGUCAAUGUGCUUUACGCACCUGCCCUGCUGCUGCUGCGCAACGUGUGCCAAAUGAAACCGUCCCACUCAGAGCGAGAUAACCUGCUGGAGGAAGCGCCACAAGGGCUGUAUGACACCAUCAGGAUGGAGGAGCGGAAGGGUAAAAAGAAGGGCUAUAGUUCGGCUGAAAAUUGCCUGCCUGUGGACGAAAAUGGGUUCGACCCCUUCAGAGGUCAGCGGUCACUUUCGGAGGAGUCGUCCGGCCCCGAGUACACUUAG